GAGACGAAGGAGGAAAAGAGCCUCCACGUCACAGAGGUGUAAUAUCGGCGUCAGUGCAACACAAGGUGCUACCUCAGUGCAAUUCCAGGACCAUUGUACACUUCCAGAUUCCUCCAUGUAGGCUAUGGUAACUCGUGUGAGCACAAAGCGAAGAUUUAUCCAGCUGCUCGGCGUCGGUAGAGACUCUGCUGGGACUCUGCGCAAGAGUGCCCCACUUCCGCUGCUUCUCGAUGGGUGAAUCAGGCUCACGUCGGUCCACACUUGUGUCCCGCCUGCCAAUCUUCCGCCGCAGCAGCAGUAAGAGGCAGGACUCCCUCCCCUCCUCUCCCUCUUCAGGUGGACAGGGCAAUGGCGUCCACACCUCCUCACCCUCCAGCACCAACUCCAGUUCAGGCAGCACGGGGAAACGCCGCAGCUUUUUCAGAACUCCAUCCCUCAAUUUAUCAGCUAAACGGAAUAGCGAUCCACGUGUCAAGCCUAUCAACCUAAACCUCACCCCCCCGCUGACACAGAGCACUGACGCAAAUGGAAAUAACCAGCAGAUUUCAACGUCAUCGUCAACGGGGUUCAGUGAAGGUGGUGGACGCCCAAAGUCACGCCACUCCUUUGGAUUCGGCAGCCACAAGCAAAAGAAGAUCUCCCGCUCUCAGACGGAGGAUUUUGAAAAAGCUUCCUCUUCUUCCUCCUCCACAGCCAAUCGAAAUGUCUUUACAAACUGUAUCAGUGGCUCAGGGGCCAAUGAGGGUGACGACUCUGGGUUCCUGGAUGACUACAGUGGAGGUAGUAAUAGCAAACGGUCGUCACGGAAGAAAACGCUGCUGCCCAAAUCUUUCUCCGCUCACCACCGCUUCUCCCGGACCUCCGACCACCACAGACCUCCAGAGGUGAAUCUGGAACCUCCGAGCUCCACCACCAUCACUCCGGGGGCCGGGGGCCUCACCCCGGGCUCAUGGCCAGGGGAGCUUGGUGCCGGUGGGGAAAGCUCACUCCAGUCCCCUAUGAUAUCAGAGGACCGAACCACAGCCGUCACCCCUUCAGAGUUCAUCCCCAUCACGGAGGAUUCUGUGUCUGAGGUGGAUGCUCUGCCAGCUCCCAGCCCCGGACCCCCUGUAGCCCCUCCUGCCUCUGAGCCCGGGCCAGAUGUCUACCCAGCUCCACCUGAACCCCACCUGAAUCCCCACCUGAAUCCCCCCCCUGCCCCAGAGAACUUCAGCUUGGUUGUUUCUUCAUCCCAGGUCUUCUUCACUCCAGCCCAGUCCAGCACUGAAAAACCUUUACUCCCGGACACCAGCACAGCAAACAACACAGACUAUGAGACUGCCAUUUCCCUCUCAGAGCCGGAGACAGCUGUACCCUGCCUACCUCUGCGGGAACAAUCACUGGAAGAGAGAAGGGAGAGGGAGGAAGAGAGAAAGGAAGUGAGGGAUGAGUUGUCAGCAGUGGAGAGGAAGGAGUUAGUGGAGAAGAGGAAGGCAGGUUACCAAACAGAGACCAAGAGCAAGAGCGAGAGCGAGGCAUGUGUGGUACUCAGCGAGGGGUGCCACUCUAACCCAGAGCAAUCGGAAAGGAAGGCAAGAAGAACGCGCUCCAUUCAAGAAAGAGGAAGCUUCUGUGGCUGCCACGAGCCAAGGUCCUCUCAUUUGAGGAAACCACAUGCAGCGUCUCUGUGUAGCAGUGUCAGCCCCUAUCAUGAGGUGAUGCGGAUGGAAAGGCGUCUUCGCUCCUCAUCUGAGGGGGCUGGUGGGCCUCGUAUCCAUGGAAACCACAAGGAUGCCCCGGGCAUGGAGGGAUGUGGCCUCCUCAAACACAGAAACAACUCCUCGUCCUCCAAACUGGGCAGUCUGGAUGUUUUGAACUACCUGGGUUCGUCAGAGCUUGAUGAAGAUGAUCUUAUGUUGGACCUGGACCUUUCUGAUGACCAGCGACAUCGACAUGUGUCCAGAGAAGACUCCAGUCAGUCCCUGGCUUCCUGCCUCAACCUGCUCCCCUCCCCCCUCGACCCAUCAGGAGAUCGCAUCCCAGGGAAAGAAAUCAAUCAGAGGGAGCCCUGCCGUCCGACAAGCCUGCUGCCUGCUGACUGGAGCUCUGGGCUGGGUUUGGGAAGGGAAGAUGAGCCAUUACCUCCAGGUCUGGAGACCCUUCCUCUCCGACUGAUGCAGCAGGACUGCACUUCUGUCAAAACCCUGCUUUUGAGACUGAGACGGACACUGCAGGAGAGCACUGAGACAAGUCCUGCAAGCAGCCUCCAGUCUCUACCCAUAAGCCCUUGCAGUGAAAAGUCCCUUCCAUUUAAGGAUCCCAGCAGAGAAGGGGCCUUGCUGCAACAACUGAGAGAGAAAGAUGAACUGAUCCUCAGACUCCACAGUGAACUGGAGAGUGCCAAAGCUGCCCUGAAGAUGAAAGACUGCCAAAUGACUGACCACGCAACACAGACGGAACACAUGGGGCCAGAGAUCAGUCAUCCAGGGCGGUGGUCAGGACUCGGCAGCAGCCUGGCUUCAAGGGACCGAAGGGUAGUGCGGGGUGUGGGGGCAGCACUCGGAGGGGACCUCUGUAAUCAGCACUCCCCCCACUACUAUCCAUCUCUGCACAGCCGCCCUCCUGCUUCGGAGCGACACACUGCCUGGGAGGAGCGCCAUUGCCAGGGGAUCUUAGCACAAUCCGCAGCCCGUAACCCUGCUACCAAUCUGGCUCCAGGCUCCUCCUACUUCUCCUGCACCACUUCUGCAGCAUCAGCCCAAGCUUCACUCACUACUCCAGCUCAACUCCAAGCUUCACAUCCGGGCCUGAGUCCAAAUCAAUGCCCAGGCUCCAGCUUAGCGGCUGCUAAUCACACCACAAUUUCAUCUAUGUCCUCCAAGCAGCCAGAGGGGGUGUCCUCCUCUUCAGAGUCCUUAACUCUUGGAGGUGGAGUGAGUCUGUCAGGUGGGGCUAGGAAAGGGGGAGGAGAGCACCACCCCACUAGCCAUAUCCCUCGUGCAGCCGGGUCCAGCACGUCCUCAAGCCUCCACAGUCUUGUAAGCAGAGGGAGCCCCUCCCCGAGCAUCUCAUGCUCCAUCCAGGCCUCCCCUCCACCUUCUACUCCUUCCCCAGCAUCCUCUUCCUCCUCCUCUUCCUCCUCCUCCAUGUUUACGGGUCGUUUAGGGCAACCUCCGAGAGGCCCUCUGUCUCUGCACAGCUACAGCCGUAAAAAUGUCUUCCUCCAACAUUCCCUACAGACUGCCGAACUGCAAGCUCUGACGCAGAGAGACAGUUGAGGGCACAAAAACAUUUACACCAUCCAUAUUGACUUUAGUGACAAAAUGUGUGUCUUUAGAGAAAAACUGCUGCUCCUUUGGUUCCAGUUUGCUUGUGUUUCACUGUCCCAAUUCCCCCUGAAUCAUCUUCCACAUGCGCUUACAAUCAUGCUUGUAUCACAAUCCAGAAUUACCCUUUGCUGCCAUUUUGUUCUCGGAUUUGCUUGCUAAAACACAUGCAUAUGCCAGGUCACACACACACACACACACACACACACACACACACACACACACACACACACACACACACACACACACACACACACACACACACACACCAGGCUGUGAGUAUGUAAAAAAAGGCACUCACCUGUCUAUCAAAACACCCACGUUGUGUCAUUCCAACAGUUUAGAUGUGCUUACGCCCACUGACACACAAAGUGCAGAGAGACGCAUCACUUCUUAUCCAUGCACUUAGACACAGAUGUCUCACACACACUUAGAAAUACAUACACACAGACAUAAUUUGUGAAAUAUUUGCCUCAUAAACUGCAGAUAUAACAGGGUGUUAAAACUAAGUGCAAAGAUGAGGUUCGUUUUUGUGUUUUUAAAGAUUUUUUGUUAUCCUUUUAUUUGAUGAUUUUUUUAUUUAAAAGUUGAACCAUGUGCUGCUUAAUGAAUUAUGUGACAGGUCAUAAUUUGCCCUGUUAAGAUUAUACUCUCACAUUGCCAAAUCCUUUAUCCAAUGAACUUCUCAUUUUCCUGGAUGUAAACUGAUGGAGGUCCAGAAGAAAAUACAUGUUUAGAUGAUCAUCCAAAUCCAUGACCCUGAUACUGCAUGCUUUUUAAACUGUAAGGAGAUUACAGGUGAGCAUUUUGUACUGCAACAAAAGAGGGAUAUGGGUGACUUUUAAUAACGUUUAAUUAUCAACUCUCUCUCUACUCAGUGUUUCAAUAAGGGAAUCAAUCAUGCCGAAACUUAUUAAACAGGAGUGUUUUGAGAGGUAAAUGUUUGAUGCAUUAAUAACACAUUAGAAGUACUUUUGGCUUAAUACUAGACCACUGUUUUUAUAGAAUCACAAUGUCGCAAAAAUAUGUCACAUUAUAUAGAGGAGUCAAUGUGUAUCUGCAAUGUUAGAUUAGUACAGUACUGACAUGUAAAGCUUCCUUUUAAUAUUAGAUAGCAGCCAUGUGAAUCAUUUGGCACUUAUAAUGAGAAAAUAACACUGAGUAGCACAAAGUAAUUAGCACUACGGAACAUUAUCUAACAAAAUAAAAACACUUCAGGCAAUGAAAUGGAGCAAGAUUUGGCACAACCAGCAUUAUGUAUUUUUUGUAAGGUUUUGUAAUGAAGCCAGUCAAUUCUUCAUCAGGGCUUGGUAUUGACCAGGGCUACCUACUGGUGCUUUGCUAAAUGACAGAAUCAAUAUUCAUUUUUAGAAUAAAAAAUGAAUAAGGUUUCAAAUAAUGGCAUUACAGUGAGCUGACAUCCUGUAUACAGAGGCAAGUGAAGGAACACAUACUGCACAGAAAGUUGUUUACUUGAUCAAAUAAUGAAAGAAAUAAUCAGAUUUGACAAACUAUACCUUUUAAAAAAGCAUCAGCACUGGGUUCCUGGCUGAUACCCAGUCCUUAUACCAGCCCUCUAUUAUCUUCCUGGUCUCAGAUGUGUUCUUUUGAAAAGCUGACCUAACACAUAGCAUUUGGUAUAAUAAGGCAGAUCCUGUUGUUAUUUUUGGACAGUAUGACUCAUGCCUUUGAAUAAGAUUUACAUAUAUUAUAACUGCCAUGAACUGCUGAGUCGUAUCAUUAUUUACAAUUUGGGAGCAUGUGUCAACUUCAGAAAUAACAAAACCACCUUUUUUAGAAAUGUGAACAACUGGGCGGCAAAACAACCUCUUCACUCUGCAACUGUUGAAUAUAUUUCCUCUGCCGAGUAAACUGUCCAACAGCCCUUUUUUCCACGUAUACGUUUUGGGGUAAACAAAUCUUCUAAUGUCCACCGGGAGCCGGGAGGCUGCAAUGCUGCUAAGUACAGGCCAGGAGUUCAGAAAAUGUUAGACUUGAUAGAAGUUGUUGCCCUUGCCUGUCUCUAAACAGCAGCUGGCUGAAGGGAGGCUGUAUAAAUGGUGUGUAUGUGUGUGUGUUGUAAUGCACACCUCAUGAGGCAAGGACCUGAUAGAGGUGAAGAAAAGCCCAAAUGAAGACAGCUCUGCUCCCACUGGUGGAAACUACUACUCUCCCUCUGGUCUGCUUCACUUGCAAACUAUUCCCUCCCUUUUGUAUUCUGUCUCUUCUAUUUCUGUCUUUAUUUCUUCCAUUUCUUAUUCCCCUUCAACAUCUCCCUAUACAUUUCCCUUGUUCUAUCCCCCAGCACGCAGUCUACUGCAUGCAAACUCCUUUUGUUCCUGUCCUCUUACUAAAUCGGUUAUCUUCCUCUCCCCACUAUCAUGUCCCAGGUCUCUCCUUCCCUCCUUCUCUUUCCCCUGCUUAGUGUACUAACCCAGGGCUUGUAUUGUUAUACAGUGUAUCUGUAACACACUCUGUGCGGUGGCUCUCAGUCCUGGGCAUUGGGGCCUAAUUUUCAUUCCAGCUGUCUAAUCAGGGAGUCAUUUUACACCGGAUGAAUGCAAUUAACUACCUGGUAGUGUAGACGGCCAGCAGUAAUGUGGCUCCAGAGGACUUGGACUGAGAGGCGCAGCUGUAAUGGGGAACUAAACAUUCCCUGCUUGGCUUGUUUACAUGUGGAGGAUGACGAUGCUGUGUUGCUGGCUGACCUCUUAAGAAAUACUAUUUACAUCACUCGUCAAUGCGUGCAUCAUAAUGCUUUUGACACUGUGAAAUGUCAUAGGGGGUUGUUUGGCUCUGUUUGCACUGCCCACUCAAAUUAUAAUUAAAUGUUUUUUUUUUCCCAUGUGUUUCCAACAGCUUUGCUCAUUUUAGCUGGGUUUGUUCAUAUUGGGAAUCCAUCAAAUGUAUGAUGAUUAUGAGACUUAUCUGAGAUGGCAGUUCACAUGUGUCAGUGAGGUUUUAUUAAGACAUUAAUGCCUGUGUUAAUGUAAGAAUGAACUCAUAUUGAACUUCACCGCGUGGGAACAAGGGUCUACAAUCAUGAAAUGUGGCACCUCACAGACCUCAAUUCUUCCUCUCACUUAGCAGCAUGUUGUGCAUUUAAAAACCUACAUUUUAUUUUUUGGGAAGUUAUUUAUUGUUUUUUGCCUUACUUGUAUUUAUUGCCAUAGAAUCAGUUUCCUUCUUGGCACUAACAGAUUUAAAAGUGGUCAUGAAAUGACAAUUAUAAUAAUCAUGAUGUUAUUAUAAUUUUAAUGAAUCACAUAUACUGUCCUAGCUUUUUACAUUCUUACUGUAAUUACGUUUAUUUUUUCUUUACACAUUGCUGUAAUAAUGAAAUUGAACUGUAAAAUUGUACAUAAUUAUUAUAACUGUUAAUGUUCAAUGUUCAUCAACACAAACGUUUCGUGCUAAAUGACACGUAAGAAUAGCGUCCACAUACAGUACACUGUUUGUUGCCACAUAACAGCCUGAACUAAAAAAAGGGAAUUUG